AUGGGCAUAUCCUAUAGCACCGCGCGUUACCUCGCACCAGCCUCAUUCAUCUUCGACUUCCUCGCACAACAGUAUGGCCUCGCGACGAACAUGAAGACUGUCCAUGACCAGAAUCUCUCCUUUUGGAGCCCUCAGCCUUACUUCAUCGGCGCGUUCUUCUUCCCGCAGCAGAUCAUCCAGCUGGUCUGGUUGUACAAGCUAUGGAAACGCCAGGGCACAAAAGAGGAGCUCGCGGAGAUGACUGAUUACGUGCCGAUAUACGCUCUGGGUAACGUCUGCAUUGGAACAUGGAUGUUCUUCUGGAACGCCAACGAGCUCAAAACCUCUAACAUCUUCGUCACGAUCAACACCGUCGCCCAGGUCGCCUACGUCGCAACGCGGCUGCGGCGCAUGAACACCUCGUCCCAAACCUCCAUCCUCACCCACAUCGUCGCUAAGACCUUCGCCGGCAUCGGCAUCCUCGACCUCCUACACAACACUUCCUCGGCCUACUUCGUCGGUGAGGCACCGAGCACGCUGGUCAAGGCUCUGACGGGCGUCGGUUUCGCGGCCGCGGCGGUGACGAGCGAUUGGAUACUUGGCAGCUGCUUGGUAUACGACCUCGUCGCACUCACGUGCGGACAGGAGGGCAGUUGGAGGGCGUUGCUGGGUGCGUAUGCUGCUGGCGCGGCGGCAAUUGUGGGCGUGAAGAAUUGGGUCAUGUAG